CUAUUUAAAGAAGUUAACAAACGGAAGGUACUGAACAAGAUAUUAAUGAACAAGAUGAUGAUGAUGAUGAUGAGCUCAAGCAUUCAUAUAUGUUUCUUGGCCGUUUUCAUGUGUGCGAGCCUUGCUAUUAUACCAACCUCAAGCCUUGGUCACAGUCACAUAUGCCUGUCCGAUGACCAUGUUGCCCUAUUCAUCUUCGGAGAUUCUUUUUUUGAUGCAGGAAACAAUAACUACAUCAACACCACGUUCCGGGCAAAUUAUUAUCCCUAUGGGGAAACCUUCUUUAACUAUCCAACUGGAAGAUCUUCUGAUGGCCGUAUAAUUCCAGAUUUUAUAGCUGAGUUUGCAAAAUUACCGUUGAUUCCGGCGUAUCUACAUCCUGGUUAUAAGCGAUAUGUAGAUGGGGCUAACUUUGCAUCUGUCGGAGCUGGUGCACUUGUCGGAACUCGUCAAGGAUGGGUGAUAGACCUGCACACACAACUCAGUAAUUUCAAGAGAAUGAAGAUGCUACUGAAGCAAGAAAUAGGUGAAGCAGAAACCAAGACAUUGGUUUCGAGAGCUGUUUACAUGACCAGCAUCGGAGGCAGCGAUUACGCCCUUUAUACUGCAAACUCUAGCUUGUUUCAAUCCUACUCUCCAGAAGAGUACGUAGAUAUGGUUAUGGGCAACUUGACAACAGUGAUCAAAGGAAUGCACAAGGAAGGAGGAAGAAAAUUUGCAUUUUUAUACUUGGGGCCAUUGGGUUGCAGACCAGCAGCUAGGGCAAUAAACGCUGGUGAAUGCAAUGAGGAAAUUACAGCACUGGUAAAACUGCACAACAAAGCAAUUUUCCACGUCCUCCAUAAGCUAGAGGGCCAGCUGAAAGGAUUCAAAUAUUCAAUUACAGAUAUAUACAGUAUAGGCAGUGAAAUAAUGAAUAACCCCUUAAAAUAUGGUUUCAAGGAAGGGAAGUCGGCAUGCUGUGGAUCGGGUCCUUACAGAGGAAUUCGCUCUUGUGGAGUCACUGGAGUGAAUGGAUCCGUCCAAGGGUAUGAAUUAUGUGAAAAUCCCAAUGAAUAUGUGACCUUUGACACUAGCCAUCCCACUGAAAGGACCAACUUGCUAUACGCCAAGGCAAUGUGGAAUGGAAACCAAAGUAUCACAUGGCCUUACAAUAUAAAAGCACUUGUUGAACAGAGUUGAAAUGAAGAUUUUCUCAAGCCAUCUGUUCAAUUUUCCAAGCUCACAUUGUUCACCAAAUAAACGAGUUUGCUAUUUCUUCUUUCUAGAUGUUAGUGUUUGGAAUAAUCUACAUAUGCUCAGAAGUCUCGAAGUUGAAUUGAAGUAAUAAGGUUGAAUUGUUCUUGCUCUAUUUCAUUUUCUUACUAUUAUCUGCAUUAUGGGGAAAUGCUUCAAGUUUUGUUGAUGUAAGAAGCAGUACUGAUUUCUAUUUAAGUUUUCACUUCCUAAUCUACCACGAGUUUUGGUAGGCAUGUUGAGAAUAGACAAAUUUGGCCUAUCAGUUCUUCGACUCAAA